CCUGUGAAGAGCGGCGCUUUCCGAUCACUCCGGUUUUUGAAGAAAUAUGGCGGAUGUUGAGCUAACAAAAGCUUUGAAGGAUCUACCGAAUCGAGCUCAGACCGCCAGCAAGAAGGAGCGGCGUGAGAUUCUGCAAAAUGUCGUCAGCGUAUUGUCAAAUCCCGGCAUCAAUGACAAAAUUGUUAAUGGAAUCUGUAAAGUGGUAUCACUUACCUUACAUAGAUACAAAGAUAGUGCUUCUCAGUCCUACGUGAGGAAUCUGAUUGUGGAAUUAAUUAAGCAACAACCAGAAGCUACUAUCAAACAUAUGACAACUGUAAUUUCAGAGCAAGCUACUUGGCAUAAGAAUGUGGUUCCGACCUUAAAUACUGCUCUAACUGCGUAUAUUGCAUUGAAGUGGUCAACUUUACUCAUUUUCCAUGGAUAUAAUGAACACCAUGUAACACAGAUGGAUGAGUCUUUAGCAAAGCUCAUUGAAGCACAGGCUAAUUUAUCUGCCGCAGCUCUAGCGUCCGCAGAUAAAAAACUCACCAACAAGGUGUACACAUUACUCGCGCAUGAAUGGGUAGCCAUUGCAAAUAUAGAAACUUAUGCGGGACAUUUAACAAAAUUGGAGCUUGGCAACGGUGUAAUUAUUCUAGCCAGUUUACUUACGAGAUAUUUAGUUACUACAAAGAGAAGUGAUUUGGUGGAACAACUGAAGACAAACAUGAUAGACGUUUUUAUAAAAGUGACGAUUAGUUGUAAGAAGAAACCAGAUUUGUAUGUAGUCGAUGCAGCUGUGCCACUUCUUCGGAGAUUAACUCACGAGGAAUUUAAAACUCAAUUACUUCCCGCUUUACAAAAAGCUAUGUUGCGAAACCCAGAAAUUAUAAUUGAAUCGGUCGGUCAUAUUUUAAAUGGAUUAAGUCUUGACUUGAGCCAAUAUAGUCAAGAGAUAAGUAAAGGAUUAUUUGCCAAUCUGCAUUCUAAGGAAGAUUUGGUCCGGGAUGAGGCGGUCGAGGCAUGUCGUAAGCUCGCUUUACAAUGUUCCGAUACAACGGCUUUGGAAACGCUGUUGUCAUCCGUAUUUGCGGUGUUUCAUGGAUCGGAAGGCAAACUCACGGUUGCGACGCAUAAGAUCUCCGUGCUGCAAGGAGCUGGCAACCUCAGCUACAACGUGGCAUCAGGCAGCAGUGUCCAGAAACUAGCCGAAACGGCCUGCGAGCAUUUCGUCAAAGUGCUCGAGACAGAAGUUCACGAGAAGACAUUGAUACAUGCUCUCGAAAUGAUGGCACUGUGGUCCAAGAAAUUCUCUACUACCGUAUCAAAAAUCGUCGUGGAUGCCUUUAAGAAAGGCAUGGCGGCGAAAACGUCCACCGCUGCAGUGCGUACUGCCUACAUCAAGUUGUUCUUCUCGACUCCCGUCGCUUCGUAUUCCGGAGUAAUAGCACCGAUUCUUGCACAGGCGAUAACCAGAGCUAUGCAGCAAUGCGCGCAACCAGCGGCGGUGACUGAAGGUUUGGUCGCUUCGUAUUUGCUACUCAAGUUCGUAUUAGCUGAUCAAGUAGAGAAUGACAAACAGAGCGUGCUGUGGAACGCUAUAGAUGAACAGAUAUUCUUCUCCGAAAAAUUUUUAUCGACGUGCAGCGACGAUAUUUUAUAUCAUCUCAUGUUACUUUGUGAACGUCUUAUCACUGAAUUUUCCGACAAAUUGAAUGAGAAAGCUUUAACUGGAAUUCAUCGAGCAAUCGUAUCUUGCGCCACUGCCCCAAAUUCCGCAACGAGACAACGGUGUUUACCCUUAGUCAAGAAGAUUAUGACCGGUUUGAGUACAUACGCGCCAGCACAGGCAUUGUUAACAGAAUUUAAUAAAUUUUUGGAAAAUGUCAAGAUCAAGUCAGAAUCAGAUAAAGAGAACAAGGAAGAAACUUCAAUGGGAGAGAUUACUGGCAGAUGUCUCGCGGAUGGAUUAUUCGCUAUAUGCUCGGGCUCCUUUUUAUUUGAAACACCCUCCUAUCAGAUGACUAGGGAUGCUUUGCUGCCAUCUCAUCAUCCGGCGUUGCUCAAAGCCGUACCAAACUUAUGGUUCAAAAUCGCUAAGAAUUACAAUCUCGUACCAAAGGAUUUCUUACGUAGCUACAGCAAUGAAGUAAGGAAAAUGUUAAUCCAGAAUUAUAAACCAGUGCCGACCUAUGAAAAUGCACUUAUAAGAAUUGUAUCACUUGCACCGGAUGCUUUUCUACCUGCGCUAGUGUCGAACGUUACGAGCAAGCUGGACGAUCCAGAAAUCUUGCGAGUUACCAAGGACGAAUAUUUCACGUAUCUCACACCAGAAGGAGAGCUUUAUGAUAAGAGCGUGUUACCUGUUAAUGACGAGAACGAUAUCCUUAAUUCUAUGAAUAUGAAGAGAGAAAGUAAAGUCUAUUCGUUCAAGGAGCAGCAAGAGGAACUUCAAUUACGGCGCGAGUUAUACGAGAAACGAAAGAGAGAGGGAAAGAUAAAAGAACCAAAAUUGACACCCAAACAGGAAGAGACUAUAAAGGCACAAAUCGCGAAAGAGAAUGGUAUUCGUAAGAGAUUAACCGAAUUGAAAGCUAAGAUAGACAAUACUGUGUCCUUAGUGACAUGCUCGAUACGCGGUAAUCAACAAGAAUUGUCUUUGUACUUAAAGGAUCUUUUACCACCUAUUUUAAAAAAUUUGGGCUCUCCAUUGGCGGCUCCCGAAAUGUCGGAACUUUAUAUAUCUCUUCGCCAAACAGUGACGCUAGAUAACAGCGCGACUCUAGGUGAUCUCAUUGCUCACGUUACGUUGCGGCAAUUGCAGCCGCAAUGUGAUUUGGACCAAGCCUGGGAAGAGGAAAAUCUAGAUGUUGCAGUUAAAAGAACACUGAAUCUUAUACACGGAGUGACGAUCAAGAAGAAGGAACUGUUCACAGCGCCGGCGUUCUGCUACGUUUUCCCCUUCAUAAGGAAGACUCUGACGUCAUAUAAGGACGAGGGCAUGAUUGUGCAAGGAUUGCAAUUGAUUCAGGAACACGCCAAGCAGAGAGGUAGCACUACCGAUCUAAAAGAUCUUAGGCAUCCCAGACUCCUACCGCGCAAACAGAUGUUCGAUUUACUCAUCGAGCUUAUGGAGACCACCACGAGCCGAGUGCAGUCUCAUGCGGUAGCGACCUUGCUCGACGUUGCGCAAUCCGGUAGCGGUCAACCAGGUACCGCGAUCGCCACUAGCGAGGAUAUAGACUCGUUGAUCGGCGCUUUGCAGAAUUCAUUACCGACCGUGAGGGAUGCAGCGCUCAGAGGCUUGACGGUGAUAUGGCAGGCUUUUCCGUCUCAAAAGGAAGAUCAGGAUCAGCUCGACAGGCUCACCAGAAGAGUAUGGAUUGCUCGAUUCGACGUGAACGACGAGAACAAAAUUCUUGCCAACGAACUAUGGAACACAGCUGACUUUACCGCGCAAGCGGAGGCUCUCUGCGAGGAGCUGAUCCAGGACAUUGCCCAUCCGGUCGAGCCGGUGCAACAAGCGGCGGCUCACGCGCUGGCCCAGAGCUUGGCCAACGUGCCACAUCUGACGCCGACCGUGUUGGACAACUUGUUGCAGCUGUAUCAGGAGAAGCUGGCCAUGAUUCCGCCGAAACUGAACGAUUUCGGUCGUGUUAUCGAACAGCCGAUCGACACGUGGGGCCCGCGGCGCGGAGUGGCGCUCGCUCUCGCGCAAAUAGCGCCGCUUCUCACCGCCGACACGGUGCACCGACUCAUUCAAUUCUUCGUCCUGACCGGGCUCGGCGACCGAAAUCAAUCCGUACGCACCGAAAUGCUCACAGCCGCCGUCGCGGCGGUCGACCUUCACGGCAGCGCAAAUAUAACGUCGCUGCUGCCGGUCUUCGAGGACUUCAUGGACAAGGCGCCGAAGAUCGGGAGUUUCGAUUCGAUCAAGCAAUCGGUGGUAAUCCUCAUGGGAUCUCUGGCAAGACACUUGGACAAAAAUGAUCCGCGAAUCAAGCCCAUCGUGAUGCGCCUCAUCGCGGCGCUCUCCACGCCGUCGCAGCAAGUGCAGGAGGCUGUGGCUAAUUGUCUACCGUAUCUGACGGAUUCCAUCAAGGAGGACGCACCGAAAAUCGUGGACAAUCUAAUGGACCAGUUGCUCAAGUCAGACAAGUACGGAGAGCGCAAAGGCGCCGCGUACGGACUAGCGGGGCUCAUCAAAGGCAUGGGAAUCCUCGCGUUGAAGCAACUGGAUAUUAUGAGCAAGCUGACCACCGCGAUCCAAGACAAAAAGAACUACCGACACCGCGAAGGUGCGCUGUUCGCUUUUGAGAUGCUGUGUACGAUGCUCGGCAGAUUAUUCGAGCCCUACAUCGUUCACGUACUGCCACACUUGCUACUGUGCUUUGGCGAUUCGAGUCAGUACGUGAGAACCGCUACCGAUGACACUGCCAGAGUAGUUAUGAGUAAACUUUCCGCCCACGGCGUUAAACUCGUUCUGCCAAGUUUACUGGCGGCCUUGGAAGAAGACUCGUGGAGAACAAAAACAGGAUCGGUCGAGUUACUUGGAGCUAUGGCAUAUUGUGCGCCGAAACAAUUGAGCAGUUGCUUGCCAAGUAUCGUUCCCAAACUGAUAGAGGUACUCAGCGAUUCCCACACAAAAGUGCAAGAAGCUGGUGCGGAAGCGCUUAAGGUCAUUGGAAGUGUCAUUCGCAAUCCAGAAAUCCAGGCCAUCGUGCCUGUAUUGCUGAAAGCACUGCAGGAUCCGUCGCAUAAAACCGCUACCUGUUUGCAAACAUUGUUGGACACACAAUUCGUACACUUCAUCGAUGCUCCUUCGUUAGCGUUGAUCAUGCCCGUUGUGCAGCGCGCAUUCCUCGAUCGCUCGACAGAGACUAGGAAAAUGGCCGCGCAAAUUAUCGGCAAUAUGUACUCCUUGACAGAUCAGAAAGAUCUGACUCCGUAUUUGCCGACUAUUAUUCCUGGUCUAAAGACAAGUCUGCUCGACCCGGUGCCCGAAGUACGCAGCGUGUCGGCGAGAGCGCUGGGCGCGAUGGUACGAGGAAUGGGCGAGUCCAGUUUCGAGGAUUUGCUACCUUGGCUGAUGCAAACGCUGACUUCCGAAACCAGCAGUGUCGAUAGAUCCGGCGCCGCCCAGGGUCUGUCCGAGGUGGUGCGCGGACUGGGAGUCGAGAAACUUCACAAACUCAUGCCGGAGAUCAUCAGCACCGCGGAGAGAACUGACAUUGCUCCUCACGUGAAGGACGGAUAUAUCAUGAUGUUCAUAUACAUGCCGAGUGCGUUCACCACAGAAUUCACGCCGUACAUAGGUCAGAUCAUCAAUCCGAUCUUAAAGGCGCUGGCCGACGAGAACGAAUACGUGCGGGAAACCGCGCUGAGGGCGGGACAGCGUAUCGUUACGCUUUAUGCCGAUUCGGCGAUAAUGCUAUUGCUACCUGAACUGGAAAAGGGUCUCUUUGACGACAACUGGCGCAUUCGAUAUUCGUCCGUGCAAUUAUUAGGCGAUCUGCUCUAUAGGAUCUCCGGUGUAUCGGGCAAAAUGUCAACCGAAACCGCGAGCGAAGAUGACAACUUUGGUACGGAGCAAUCGCACUAUGCUAUUAUAAACGCCUUGGGCGCGGAGAGACGGAAUCGCGUGUUGGCUGGCCUAUACAUGGGUAGAUCGGACGUAGCUCUCAUGGUACGCCAGGCGGCUCUACAUGUCUGGAAGGUGGUAGUGACAAAUACUCCGAGAACGCUGCGAGAAAUAUUACCAACGUUGUUCACUCUUCUGCUGGGAUGUUUGGCAAGUACGAGUUACGAUAAGAGACAAGUGGCCGCUCGGACAUUGGGCGAUCUCGUUAGGAAAUUGGGAGAGCGAGUAUUGCCGGAGAUCAUACCGAUUUUGGAAAAAGGCUUACAGAGCGACCAAGCCGAUCAGCGCCAAGGUGUGUGCAUAGGCCUCUCAGAGAUUAUGGCGAGCACCAACAAAGACAUGGUGCUGACCUUUGUUAUCAGUCUUGUACCAACAGUCAGAAAAGCGCUGUGCGAUCCGUUGCCAGAAGUGCGACAGGCUGCAGCCAAGACUUUCGAUGGUUUGCAUUCCACGGUGGGCGUUCGCGCCCUUGAUGAUAUAUUGCCGGCAAUGUUAACGCAAUUGAACUCACCGGAUCCGGCAGAGGCGGAGAAUACCUUGGACGGUUUACGUCAAGUGAUGGCGAUCAAGUCGCGAGUUGUACUACCGUAUCUAGUCCCGCAGUUAGCUUCGCCGCCGGUUAACACAAAGGCACUGUCGAUACUGGCCAGUGUGGCAGGUGAAGCAUUGACAAGGUUCCUUCACAGGAUCUUACCAGCAUUACUCACUGCUCUUUCCAGUGCGCAAGGAACGGCAAACGAACUGCAGGAGUUAGAGUAUUGUCAGGCUGUCGUUCUUUCCGUCACCGACGAGGUAGGCGUCAGAACCGUGAUGGAUCAGCUAAUGGAAGCUACGAGAGCGGAAGAUCUCUCGAAACGGCGAAGUGCCGCGACAUUGCUUUGCGCGUUUUGUCGCGACACUCGCGCCGAUUACAGUCAAUAUGUCCCGCAAUUGCUGAGGGGUUUGAUUCAUUUAUUCACCGACGAAGACAGGGAUGUAUUGCAGAUGAGUUGGGAAGCACUCACAGCUGUCACUAAGACUCUAUCAUCUGAGCAGCAAAUAGCGCACGUGCAGGACAUUAGACAAGCCGUUCGAUUUGCAGUGUCUGAUUUGAAAGGUCAGGAAUUGUUACCUGGAUUCUGUCUUCCCAAGGGAAUCACGCCGAUCCUACCGAUCUUCAGAGAAGCUAUACUGAACGGUUUGCCGGAAGCGAAGGAACACGCAGCUCAAGGAUUAGGAGAAGUGAUAAGAUUAUCCAGCGCAGCUGCGUUGCAACCGAGUGUCGUACACAUUACCGGUCCGCUUAUCCGAAUCCUUGGUGACCGUUUUAAUUGGAGCGUUAAAGCAGCGGUCCUCGAGACGCUUGCAAUAUUACUUGGAAAGGUUGGUGUUAUGUUAAAACAAUUCCUGCCGCAACUGCAAACUACGUUCUUGAGAGCCUUGAAUGACAGCAAUCGGCAGGUCAGGUUAAAAGCUGCUUAUGCUCUUAGCAAUCUGAUUGUUAUUCAUACGCGUGUCGAUCCUUUAUUCACUGAACUUCAUACUGGUAUCAAAACAGGAGAUGAUCCAGCGAUAAGGGAAACGAUGCUACAAGCUCUCAGAGGUGUUCUGACCCCUGCUGGCGACAAAAUGACCGAUCCGAUGAAGAAACAAGUAUUCGCAACGCUGAGUAGCAUGCUUGGUCAUCCGGAAGACAUUACAAGAAACGCAGUUGCUGGUUGUUUCGGUGCCCUUUUGCGAUGGUUAACUCCAGAACAAUUAGCGGUCGCAUUUAACGAUCACCUUUUAUGUAAUGAUGUUAAUGCCGACUGGGUGCUCAGGCAUGGACGUUCAGCUGCACUUUUCGUGGCGCUAAAAGAAUCACCCGGCACGGUGUAUAAUCCUAAGGAGAAGGAUCGCGUAUGCGCAGUGAUACUCUCGUAUUUGGCAGCGGACAGAGUGCAGAUUGUAAUGAAUGGCGUACGAGCAUGUGGAUACUUAUUUCAGUAUCUUAUGAAUGAAUCGCAGCCAAUACCGCAACAAAUUUUGUCACCUUUCGUGAGGUCAAUGAAUAAUAACAGCAAUGAUGUGAAGCAAUUACUCGCCCGAGUUUGCAUUCAUCUUGCACGUAAUAUACCACCCGAAAAUAUGUCGCCUGAACUGCUCAGAGCUCUUUUGCCAAUGUUAGUGAACGGCACGAAAGAGAAGAAUGGAUAUGUUAAAGCGAAUAGCGAGCUUGCGCUUAUUGCGGUGCUUCGAUUGAGACAGGGUGAAGAAGAACACCAGCGCUGCAUGGCUUUCUUAGAUGCUGGCGCGGGAGAAUCUCUCUCCGAUGUGGUCAGCAAAGUGUUGCGUAAAGUUCUCUCUCAACCGGAGGGCAAAAUAGAGGAAUUAGAUGAUACGUUACUCACGUGAGAGAUAUUGUACUUCCCGGGGCUUAUUACGCACUAUACCCGUUCCAAUAAUCGUAUUAUCCGCCAUUAUUCGCCCGAUCCCUAUAAAAAAGAGAUUUAUCGUUCAUGUAUCAGCUGCAUUAUGAACAAGCUAACUCGUUCAGCAUUGUAUCUCGAUAAACAAUUAAAGAGCGUGAAGCGGAACUGUCGCUCAAUGGCAUUCAAAUUACUUAAAUUAAGAUAUCCUGAAAAUAUCAAGCGAUUCGAACCAGAAUUGUACAUACUUUUACGAGAGAUGUUUUCUAUGAUUCUUAUAACGACCGCCUGACAUUUAACGAUUCCAAUGUCGAUAAUUGCCCGUACGUUUUCUCACUUGAGAGAUCAGAGGUGACGAUCGGCAUCUAUUAUUGACGCUUUCUCUGUUAAAAAUGUAAGAUUUAUUAUUUAAGCCGUUGUUUUAUUCACGGCUGUAUUUAUAUAAAACGAUCACAGAAUGUUUAUGAAGUCUUUACAAUUUUAACAUAAUUGUAUUGUGCAUAUACUAUCGAUUGAUUGUUUUAUUUACUACAAGAAGAAAACUAAUGAAAAUUCACGAUCAUCAAAUUUUGAAAGCUCAAUGUUUCGCUUAUGUAACUAAGUUACAGGCUGUAUAAGAACAGUGCUGGAUUUAUCUUUGCACGAAGUAUGCACUAAUUCAUUCGUGUGUUAUCAGAAGUGACAAUGUAUGUUUUACAGUAUAGUUGGUAAUUUUGUUAACGUUUGAGAGACAACAACUAGUGCAAAGUAAUCGAAAAGAACGGGGAAAUGCGUAAGUGCUUUGGUUAAAAAUGUUAAUGUUUAUCUUAAGUCUUAAGUAUUGUUUGUUAUAAUAUAAAUUAUUUUUAACAUCUCUCAUACAUUCUUUUAUAUAGAUAAUUUUUUUAUGUUUUCCUUCUUUACAAAUACGACGAAAUAUAUGAUAGGCGAUAAAAACGAAGAAAUAUUUCUUAAAAAUUAUAGAAAUGAAAAUAUGAUUAAAAGAAUAAUAUGAAACAUAAUUGAUAGUAAUUGAAAUAUAUCUCAUCUUUAUAUCACGUUGUUAUUCAUGCAAAUAUGAUUGCAUAUAAUAAAGGCAGUUCUUCAGUAGAAAUAUCUAAUAACUCAAACAUUAUAAUACUAUCAAAUCGAUUAUGAUUUACGCUAUUCUGUAUCUUGUUGACUAUUUGUUAUGAAUAAUUGAAAGUGAAUAAUACACUACAUUUUCUUGAAAAAUGAAAA